AUACUCGUUUCCUAACAGAACGUUACUCCAGCCCACUUGCCCAAGCCCACCAGGCCGCAGGGUUUAGGGGCAACCAGAGGAAGGGAAGCCCUGAACCGGAACAAGUGUCAGUUCACAUUACUGGCACUGGUCCUGGUUCGGAAAGCCUGGGCAGGAACCGUGAGACCCAGAGAAGCCACCCGCCCAAGGCCGCCUCCAGCCUCCACCCCACCAGCAGCCCAGGGCCCCGCCCUACCGGCAGCCGCGCCUCGCCGCCCUCCCUCCAGCUUGGCCCUAACGGCUCGCAAUGGCGGAACAGGGAGCAAGGAGCAUCGCCGCUUGGGGAACCUCACCCGCCGGCCCAGGGCUCAGCUCGCCGUCUGACAGCCCCGGGUACUUUGCCCAGCGGGGUGCAAGGCCGGCCUGCGGCAAACGCCACUCCCGGGCAGGCACGGUCACAACUGCUUCCGGGUGAGCGGGUCGUCGACCCUGUGGCCCCGCCCAUCCUUUGCCUCCUCAGUCGGCCGCUCAGGCUGCGGCUACUCCCGGGGCCGGUUCCCGCUGUCUCAGCCGCGGCGCAGAGGGCACAUCAGCCUGACCGACUAGCCGGCUGCCGGUGCCGGGAGCCGCCGCGUCCAUCCCCGCCCGCCUGCCGGGGGACCCAGGACUGAGUCGUCCAGCUGCGCCCCUCGCCCCUAGCCCCAGCGGGCGCCGGGCGGGCGAGCCGCUCUUCGGCCCUUCCCGGACAGCGACGCAGUCACAGCGCGCGCCCUAACCCAGAUGUGGAAAGAUAAAUGAAGGGGUCUAGAAGUAAGUGUCAGUGGAAAGGAGAGCUACCAUCACUAAGGGCUGAAAACACAGUUAAAUCACUUUCAAAGUUAAAAGACUGUUAAGAACACAAGAUGGGGACUCCUGGUUCUGGGAGGAAAAGAACACCUGUGAAAGACCGAUUUUCUGCAGAAGAUGAAGCUUUGAGUAACAUUGCCAGAGAGGCAGAGGCAAGGCUGGCAGCAAAACGGGCUGCCCGGGCAGAAGCAAGAGAUAUACGCAUGAGAGAACUGGAACGGCAACAAAAAGAGGAAGAUUCAGAAAGGGCCAGGUAUUCCCACCGGUCCAGUCACCAUCGUCCUUAUCUGGGAGUUGAGGAUGCAUUGUCCAUUCGAAGUCUUGGCAGUCACGGGUAUGAUAUGUUCAAGGAUAGAUCAUCAAGACUUUCAUCAUUAAAUCAUUCUUAUAGUCACUCUCAUGGAAUGAAGAAGAGGUCUUCUGGUUCUCAUAAAGACCCACUGAGUGGCCUCUACUUUGACCAGAGAAACUAUAGCAGUCUUAGACAUAGCAAACCCACCUCUGCCUACUACACUCGGCAGUCUUCUUCCCUGUACAGUGACCCUCUGGCAACAUAUAAGAGUGACAGGGCCUCUUCUACUGCAAAUUCUGGUCUGCUGAGAAGUGCCAGUCUGGCAUCAUUGUACAAUGGUGGAUUAUAUAACCCUUAUGGUUCUCGAACUCCAUCUGAAUGCAGUUAUUACUCAUCAAGAACAAGUUCAGCCCGAAGCAGUCCAGUGUUUACCAAUGAUGACACCGCAAGCAUUGUGUCUUCUGAUCGUGCCAGUCGUGGACAAAGGGAGAGUGUGGUUUCUGCCGCUGAUUAUUUCAGUCGCUCCAAUCGUAGGGGAAGUGUUGUCUCCGAGGUGGAUGACAUCAGUAUCCCAGAUUUGUCCAGCUUGGAUGAAAAAUCUGACAAACAGUAUGCUGAAAAUUAUACAAGACCUUCAUCUCGAAAUUCUGCCUCAGCAACAACCCCUCUAAGUGGAAACUCAUCCAGACGAGGAAGUGGGGACACCAGCAGCUUAAUAGAUCCAGACACCUCAUUAAGUGAAUUGCGGGAUAUCUAUGACCUUAAGGACCAGAUACAGGAUGUAGAAGGGAGAUACAUGCAGGGGCUUAAAGAACUAAAGGAAUCUUUGUCUGAAGUGGAAGAAAAAUACAAGAAAGCCAUGGUUUCCAAUGCACAGUUAGACAAUGAGAAGAACAAUUUGAUCUACCAAGUAGACACACUCAAGGAUGUUAUUGAAGAGCAGGAGGAACAGAUGGCAGAAUUUUAUAGAGAAAAUGAAGAAAAAUCAAAGGAGUUAGAAAGGCAGAAACAUAUGUGUAGUGUGCUGCAGCAUAAGAUGGAAGAACUUAAAGAAGGCCUUCGGCAAAGAGAUGAGCUUAUUGAGGAGAAGCAGCGCAUGCAGCAGAAAAUAGACACCAUGACAAAAGAGGUGUUUGACCUCCAGGAGACACUUCUUUGGAAAGAUAAAAAAAUUGGGGCCCUAGAGAAACAGAAAGAAUACAUUGCCUGCCUUAGGAAUGAGCGAGAUAUGCUCAGAGAGGAGCUGGCUGACCUGCAGGAGACAGUGAAGACGGGAGAGAAACAUGGCUUAGUUAUAAUCCCCGAUGGCACUCCCAAUGGUGAUGUCAGUCAUGAACCAGUGGCUGGAGCCAUCACCGUUGUGUCUCAGGAAGCUGCUCAGGUCUUGGAGUCAGCAGGAGAAGGGCCAUUAGAUGUAAGGCUACGAAAACUUGCUGGAGAGAAGGAAGAACUACUGUCACAGAUUAGAAAACUGAAGCUUCAGUUAGAGGAGGAACGACAGAAGUGCUCCAGGAAUGAUGGCACAGUGGGCGACCUGGCAGGACUGCAGAAUGGCUCAGACUUGCAGUUCAUCGAAAUGCAGAGAGAUGCCAAUAGACAAAUUAGCGAAUACAAAUUUAAGCUUUCAAAAGCAGAACAGGAUAUAACCACCUUGGAGCAAAGUAUUAGCCGGCUUGAGGGACAGGUUCUGAGAUAUAAAACUGCUGCUGAGAAUGCUGAGAAAGUUGAAGAUGAACUGAAAGCAGAAAAAAGGAAGCUACAACGAGAGUUACGAACAGCACUGGACAAGAUUGAGGAGAUGGAGAUGACCAACAGCCACCUGGCCAAGCGGCUGGAGAAGAUGAAGGCCAACAGGACAGCACUUUUGGCCCAGCAGUAGGAAAACCACCCUUCAACCUGGGUGAUGCUCCUUGGGGCCCUCCCUAGAGGGACUGACUUUUGUCCAUUGACACAGACCCCUUUUAGUACUGAGUUUUGUCAUUAAAACAGCCACCUUUGUAUUUUAUAAUUUAUGAGAGAAUGAAGCCAGUUUGAAUCUUCAUGAAUGAACACUUUGGAUUUUGUUGUAGUUUGAUUCUAGGCUAGAACCAGUCCAUGCUGUUUUUAUUUUUUAUCUCCAUAAUUGUAGAAUCAUGUUUACUCAACAUUUUUCCCCAGCUGCCUCAGUAACUGGGCACUCGGAGGCCUUGGCACAGGUUCUGGAGGACAGACAGCAGUUCUAUGAGUGCUUACUGAGAUCCUUGUUGGAGACCUCAGAAAACACAAGUGCCUUCUCCACGGUGCAGUUCAGACUUCAGUGAUCUCCAGUGGUCAAAAGACAUUUACCCUUAACAUCAGACAACAUUUGUAUUUUAGUGAAGAAACAAGUUCUUGGGUGGGGAAUCUAUGUUUCACUCAAAUUUAUAUGUUUGGAGGAAAAAAGCCUUUUUUUGGUAAAAUAUUUAAAUUUAUAUAAGAAAAUGUUAGAAAAACAUAUGGGGGAGUGUAUAUAAAACUCGCUUUAUUGCAUGGGGCAGGGGAAGUCCAGGCCUAAUACUCUUAAAGUAAGAGUUGGGUCCUUUUUUCUUCAAUACAACUGUGCUGUACCUUGUAAAGUAUUUUAUCUGCUGCUUAUUUGUGGAAUGAAACCUCAAACAAACCCAAAGGGGGAGGGUAGGGCACGGUGGGCAGAUAGGAAAUCUGCCUGCAGAUUCUAUUAAAUACACCCUUUUGCCAACCACAA